AUGGCCGACACCAAGGCAAACCGUCGGAGGAGAUCUAGUAGUAUUCUCCAGGUCUACCAUGAACCGCCUGAGAGCAUCGAGCAGCUCAACGACCAGUCCACCCUUCCCAAUCUUAACGCAAACUGGGUGAAUGCCAAAGGCGCAUGGACCAUCCACAUUGUUCUGAUAUGCCUGCUCAAGGUCCUCUACGAUAUCAUCCCCGGUGUCUCGCAGGAGACGUCAUGGACCCUAACCAAUAUUUCUUACAUGUUUGGGUCAUACAUCAUGUUCCAUUGGGUCCGAGGCGUGCCUUUCGAGUUCAAUGGAGGAGCCUAUGACAAUCUGAACAUGUGGGAGCAGAUCGACGAUGGCGCUCAGUACACUCCGGCCAAGAAAUUCCUCCUCAGCGUUCCAAUCGUGCUUUUCCUCCUCAGCACCCACUACACACACUACGACUUGACAUACUUUACAAUCAACUUCCUCGCCGUUUUGGCGGUAGUCAUUCCCAAGCUGCCUUUUAGCCACCGCAUGAGGGUGGGCCUCUUCUCGGGAGUGCCAGACGAAUGA